AUGGCUACAGGUUAUCCGCAACUACGCGAAAACCUAUCAGCUCCCGCCCCUCCGGCAACACCUGCUAACAUCAUCUCUUUUGCAUCGUUUCCUGCAUCUAGCAUUAUUGGCUGGUGUCUCAUAAUCCCUGACUAUGGCGUAUACCAUAGCCCUGAUGCUUCAUCUGCUCAAAAUUUUGUUUACACGUGUCUUGGGUUCUUCAUAUCUAAUGUGACUGUUCAGGCUCUGGAUGCCGCAUUUGCAGCAGCAGCUCCAAGCGUGCCUGCUUGGAAUGCAGGAUUUGAUAACAGCUCUUCCGUCGGUGGCUUAUUACACAGCGUCUUGUUACCUACAGGUGCAUUCGGAAAAAAUACCGACUGCUUUGGUCGCUCUUAG